AUGAGAUUGAAGAAAUGGUUUCAAUAUUUUUCAGAGAAAGAGAAGAUCAGCCUGACAAAUGAUUUGACAACUUUAAUAUUGGCCAGGAAGAGAUCAAUGUGCAAUGUUAUAGAGUAUGGCGAACAUAAAGUCAUUUACAAAAGAUAUGCGAGUUUAUAUUUUGCAGCUGGAAUAGAUUGGGAAGAGAAUGAAUUAUAUAUCUUGGAAGUGAUCCAUAGAUAUGUACAAAUACUUGAUGAAUUCUUUGGCAAUGUUUGUGAAAUGGAUAUAAUUUUCAAUUUUGAUAAAGCAUAUUAUGCAUUAGAUGAAUUAUUUAUUGCUGGAGAAUUACAAGAACCAAAUAAAAGACAAGUUACAAAACAUCUUACAACAUUUGAACAAACUUGUCAAUUAGACAUAAUAACUAGAAAUAUUGAAGAAACUGUAAAGUGA